GGAGCCAAGCAGCCAGCCAAGCCAACGACCAUCCUCGCCCUGACCACGCGGCGUACGUUUCCUCCCACGCGUGUCUUCUGCAAGAUUUGAUCGGUUGCCCGAAGCGGGGCCGCGCAUGCCCCCUAUAAUAAACCCCCCCCGCCAUCCUCGCCCCGACUGACCGCAGGAGAAGCUCCCGUUCGUCUCUGGCUUGAUCGAUUGAGACCGUUCGGUUUGGUUUGUCGAUCGAUGGAGCGCAAGAGCUCGUUCGGCGCGUCGUGGGCGGACCAGUGGGACUACGGCAGCGACCCGGCCCCGCGGGCCGCCGGCGCCGGCGGCAAGAAGCAGGGCGGCGGGGUGGAGAAGACCAAGGCGGCCGCGGCCACGGGGCUGAAGAAGGUGAAGGAGGGCACCGCGCACGGGUUCCAGUGGAUCAAGGGCAAGGUCCAGAAGAAGAAGCAGGGCGCCGCCGGCGCCGGCGACGACGCGGCUGCCGGGUAUUAGGCCAGCCUGGCAGCCUCGAUUAUUGAUCCCUGGCGCAUGGAUGGAUGGAUGGAUGGAUGGCCGAUCGACGGAUCGGCCGAUCUGUUGGUUUCUUGCGUAGUUCAAUUGGUUUUGUACAUAUAGUUUUGCCAUCCAUGUAGAUCAUCGAUCGUUUAGAUCUCUGCUUAUUGAUUGGUUCUUUCUCCUG